GGUGCCAGGCGCAGGGGCGAAGGCUGGGCGGUAGGGCUGCGGCCUCCGCCGGCGGGCAGUAUGGAGGACGCGUGGCCGCCCCCGGAAGUGGACUUCACCUCCCAAGAAGUGGUUUCACAGGGAAGGUUAUCAGGAAGGCUAUGAAGAAGGAAGUAGUUUGGGGUUCCUUGGAUCUCAUCCAAAGUAUUGAAGAUGACCCCCUUCUGGACACCCAGCAUCUCCCACAUCACUCAUUACACGCUCAUUUCAGGCCCAGAUUCCACCCUCUUCCUACAGUCAUCAUUGCAAAUCUUCUCUUGUUGAUACAUAUUGUGUUUGUUAUUUUAGCAUUUUUAACAGGUGUGCUUUGUUCUUACCCCAAUCCAAUUGAGGACAAGUGCCCAGGAAACUAUACCAACCCAUUGAAAGUUCAGACAGUCAUAAUCCUCGGAAAAGUUAUUUUGUGGAUUCUGCAUUUCCUCCUUGAACGAUACAUCCAGUAUCACCACAGCAAAGUAAGAAACCGAGGCUAUAACAAGAUCUACCGGUCAACAAGGAAUCUUAAAAGCCUUGCGCUGAUGAUACACUCCACUGGCAGCACAGCGCUCCUCCUCCUGCUCUGCCUGCAGCACUCCUUCCCCGAGCCCAGCACGCUGUACCUGGACCUCAUUCUGGCCACCCUGGCCGUGGAGCUGGUCUGUUCCCUGACGUGCCUGCUCGUGUACACAGUGAAAAUUCGAAAAUUUAAUAAAGCCAAGCCACAGCCUGAUGUAGUUGAAGAAGAAAAAAUCUAUGCUUACCCCAGCAAUAUUACCUCGGAGACUGGAUUCAGGACUCUCUCAAGCCUGGAGGAGAUUGUGGAGAAGCAGGGAGACAUCAUAGUGUAUCUGAAGCGGCACAAUGCCCUGCUCAGCCAGCGUCUGCUGGCCUUCACGUCCUCUGACCUCAACUCUCAGCCAAGUGGGAUUUGACAGCAAUUCCAGAGGAGCCAGAGUAAUUUAGACUGACGGGCUACCUGACAAGCUGUCUUAGGGAAAUGCAGCUUUGCCAAGUAACAUUCUACAAUUUCUGUUGGAAACUUGAAUUUGGUUCUCACCUGCGUGGCUGUUUAAUAAGUAGGACUCGUGGAUCAUUUGAAAGACACUUUGUAGCGCCUUGCAAACUCAAGGGGAAUGUCUGUUUUGCACAUUUUGAAAUUAUUUAACUGCCUGGUUUAUCCUAGGAUCAAAGGUAUAGAUUAAACAUCUCCUUGACCAACACUUCUUCCAUACUCAUUGGGACCUGGUAAUAAUUUGGCUUUUUACAGAGGAAGUCUGAAAUAACAACCUAUAUUUAAAACUGGGCUUGAGUUUUUCCCACUUUUAUACUGGUGAGAGAAGUCAUCAUUUCUCAUGGUUAGUGUUUUUCCCCAUGGAGCCUUAACGUAUUUUAUAUGCUUGUGUGGUAUUGGAUGGCCUUGGCCCUUAUAGCUUUUAUACGAAUUUUGUCACUGUAGGAUCGAGGUCUCACUGGAUGAUUUACUCUGCAGCCCCUACCGGUUUCCAUUCUCCAGAAAUAAGAUUUGAAGAUUACUUGGACCAGCAUUAGACCAACCAGUGCUGCCUGUGAAAGCAGGAGCGCCUGCCAUUGGCAGCAGCUGAAAUAGUUAGAGAAGACUUAGGGCUUUCUCUUUAUUUUGGCCCUUCUUUGAGAGGUAGCCAUGUAUUUCAGUAUUGACUGUCUUUGGAUCAAUAAGUUCAGUGAUAGGAAAGGGGUCUUCUAUAGCUUUAAGUUUGAAAGAAAAAAAGAAUAUGUUUUUUAGUCUUGGAUUAUACUUAAAAAUUAUGAUGGAAAAAAAUGUCAUAUCAACUUAUAUAUAGAUAUUAAACAUAUCUAAUUCUCCAGAUAAAAUGAAGCAUAUUUAUGAGUAAAUGGCAUUUUUUUCUCCAGUUUUCCUAGCAUGCCCUUUUCAUAUAUCAGUUUGCUUUUGGCACCUUUACAUGCUGCCUCAGAAAGCCUUCUGUGUGAAAGCUUAACAUGAGGGAAGGGGAUAUGUGUGAUUAUGUAUGCUGCUAAAUUUUUUUUUAUUUAGCUGAAUAAUCAAUAUUUGAUUUAAAAAUCCUUGAGCUAUACAUAACUAUUUAGCAAGGGAUGUGUUCAUUGGGUCACACAAUACAUAUGAAGGGCAAACAUCUGUUUCCUUUAGAUACACCCAUUGUGGAGCAUUCUCAAGGUUUUCUGCUAAGGUCAAGGUGAUUGUGUGUCACCUGUAGUCAAUACCAUUGAGUCCCCAAAUUGAAAACAUUCACAAACUAAAGCCAAAAUUGUAUUUUUAAAGUUAAGAUUGUAUCCAAGUUUCCUGACUUUUUCUUCCUCUCUUUUUUUCUUUUUUCCUUCCUUUUUACUAUGUCUCAAAGCCAUUGUCUUCUGUGGAAACCUGUCUCUAUGUUCUGGAAGAGCUUUUGCCUUUAGCUGUUUUCCUUAGGGAAAAUACAUGUGGUAGAUGAUUAAUUCUCAUUUACUUUUAAAUUCAUUUUGGAUCUACAGUCAGUUUUUAAGGUUUAUGUGAUGAACAUUGGUUUACAGAGAAAGGUAUAGUUAAAAAGUUAGAAUAUUCAAGUUCUCAUGGGCUGUCGGUAUAAUCAACAUUCUUUUCUAAACUCAAUACUGAACAUUUCAAACAAUAAAAGAAAAUGAAAGAAAGGAAUAAACAAAACAACUUAAAUGUUAGUCAUUUUGCGCACCAAGUAGAUACUGUGCUAGCACCAUGGAUACAAAAAUUAAUAAGACAGUCCUAGCUUGUAGCUUACAUUCUAAGGAGAGGACUAGGAUUUCCAGUCUCUGUGCUAAGUGAAAUGAUGACAGUAAGCCCAAAGUGCCAUAGGGGCUCCAGGUCAGAGAGUUUCCUGGGGGGAAAGGCUUUAGGUAUUCCAGGGAAAUUUAUGAGUAAACAAGAAGGUCGAACAGCUACAGAUGAUCAUCUGCACUGUGUAUAGCUUGAGCCAAAAGGAUGAUGCUGGACACGGGAGGAAGAAUGACCAAUGGCAGAUUCUGGGGACCCUAACGCUCUCUAGGCCAAGGGACCUGCAGCGGAAUGGGGCCCACUGAAGGGUUCCAGGCAAGGAAGUGACAGUUGGUUUUAGUUUCAGGAGGAUCAGACUGCCAGUGUGGUGUAGGAAAGUGGGUGGCAGAGUGUAUAUGGCACUGAACUAGGGCAGGUAAAGUAACAUUUUAUCAUGGGUAUAUAUGUAUAUAUCUGUAUUGUAUUUUUAUAUUGUUAAUUUGGGGAUUUUAUUUCAAAUGACAGUAGCAUGCAUUUCUUUGAAUACUAAUGAAUUAGAGCUUUUUUCCGUAUUCUUUGGCCUUUUACAAAUCUUUUGUGAUGUACAUGUGUAAGUCUUUUGCUUAUUAUUCUCCUGGGAUAUUCUUUUUCUAACAAACAUCUUCCUUUAUAUAUAAGGAUAGUCUUCAGUUUAUAUUUGUUGGAAAUAUUUUCUAGCUUGUUGUGGGUUCUUUUGCCA